AUGCAUGUGCACACUUUCUUUCGAGUGUGUCCCCUAUUGUUUGCAGUGAGUCUGUGGAGGAGGGUGCGGGCGGACUCUCCUGUGCCCUCAGUCCCUGACCACGUCCAAGCGCUGGUGGGCUCCUGUGUGGUGAUUCCCUGCUCUUUCACACCUCUGGCUCCCCUCAGGGGGAGGAAGGAGAAGCUGGAGGUCCGGCUGCGGUUCAUAGACGGAGGCCGAUUCUUCUCUCUCCGCAGCACCGCUUUUAACAGCGGAGACAGAAAUCAAGUGAGCUUGAAUUUCCUGGGCCGGACGUCCCUCUUCGGGCGAACCCCAGAGGGAGACUGCUCAGUAAAGAUAGAGAGGGUCAGACAGGAGGACUCACGAGCGUAUGAGAUCGCUCUGAAGAGAGGCGAUGACUUGCUGUGGGGGAGGCCGAGGAGCUUCCUUCUGGGUGUUCUGGACACCCCCGAGGCUCCCGUCAUCAGCGGCGUGCUGUCGGCCACAGAGGGUCAGCAGGUCAGCCUGAACUGCUCCGUCCGCUACCACUGCCCCUCCAGACCUCCGGCCCUGCAGUGGAUCUGGGAGAGAGGAGCCCAGCUGAACAGCACCGAGCCUGGGGAGGUCCACACACUCCACCCGGAGCCCCACAGGCCGAUGUUACUGGCCCCUCUGUCCUUCACCGUGUCUCACCUGGUGAAACCCAGGCUCAGAUGUCAGGUCAGCUACCCGGGAGCAAAGGCAGUGGCCGUUUCCAGAGAUCUGCAUGUGACGUUUUCCCCAAAAGAUGUCGUGGUUCAGGUCCAGACCUUGAUAGUGCAUGAGGGGGGCGGCGCCUUGUUGGUCUGCUCCUGUAAAGCUGACCCCCCGGUGACCGAGUACCGCUGGUCUUACAGUCAACACGGCCGCACGGUGCACCUCCACCAGCGCACGCACAUGGUCCGGGUGUUCAACGUGACGCGGGACUUGAGGGUCCGCUGCACAGCACGGAACGUGAUCGGUCGCGGGGACUCUCGGCCCACUGCGCUCAACAUACAAUAUAAACCAGCCAUCCUCCGGCUCUCUUCCGCCUGUGUCGUGGAGGAUCUGGAGGUGCUGUGCCGCUGUUCAGUCGACUCCAACCCCAAACCAGCGGUCUCCUGGAGCGUGAACGGGACCGUUUCGCCUCGCGGCUUCAACGUGUCAGAGACAUCUGAGCCCGACGCGCUAACGGCCACUCUGAGAGGCCGCAUGGAGGGACCGCAGACUGUGGUCUGCUUUGCCUUCAACACACUGGGAAACGACUCCCUGAUGUUGCUGCAGGGAGGAGAAGAGAUGGUACCGUUGUUGUGGUUGGUGAUACCUGCUGUGUCCAUGUGCCUGGUCGUAUUCCUCCUCUCUCUUCUUUUCUACUGCUGCCGCAAGAGAGCUGGAAAGCAUGGCCUGCGUAGAGGUCCAGCCGUGUUCCCUGAAGGAAUGGGAAUUUAUCAGGACCAGACGCCGCUCUACAUUAACUGCACAGAAGUGACUCAUAUCUACACCAACGGCAGCUACCAACUCGUAUACCAGAACUGCACACCUCUGUUUGUCCGCACUAAGCAGAUCCGUCCAAUGGGCAGAAGAGGUGGGGAACGAAGAAGAGGAGGAGAGGACGGAGGAAUAGACAGACGAGCGGGUUUCGGAGUCAGAGGCACAACGGCGGUACAGAGUACUGCUCUGGCCGAUGCAGACACGGCAAUCUACGUGGAAAUCCUCUGAGCUCACCGUGGAGAAGACUCAUGAUUCACCUGCUACAUUAAACUCACAUUUCAACUUCAGAUUCAUUAUCACACUGAUGGUAAAACAUAAGUUAUGUAACUUUCAGUUAUUGCAAAUCUGGCACACCCAUUGUGUGAUCUUUGUAAUAUCUAGUGGUGGUCUAUCCCUCUCGUAAUCUCCAUAUCGAACAAUGUAUGUCUCUUUGACUGUUUGCCUUUAAUUUUCCUUUAAAAAAAUAGAUGGAUAAAAGAGGUUAUAAAAGUUGUAUAAUUUUUUUUAGUUUUUUCUUCUUGUGGCUAUUCUUCAAUGUACAUAAGCACUCUGGUUUGAUUUGGUCGUACCAGCCUGCCGCUCCAGUUGCAUUGUAACAGCAGCUGCAGCAUGUCUAGCACAAAGUGAUCCUCAGACAGGAUUUUAAAGUUCCUCUGGAGGGAGAACUUUUUUACAUAUAUCAUCAAAUAACUCAAUUAUUUACAUAUAUAUUUAUUUAUAUAUUUAUUAGAUUAGAUGAGAGAUUCCUUUAUUAGUUCCACAGUGGGGAAAUUGCAUGAUCACAGCAGUGGGUAACCAUUAGAACAUUAAUAAAAGAUAAAAA